AUGGACCCCCAUACCAGUGCCCAGGACGUGAUGCGAUGUGACCUGUGUGCCAAUGAAUUGUCAAAACUAUCUAGUGUCACUUCAAAUGUACAUGUCUACAGAAAUCUUCCAAACAAAAUUAUACCAUCUUUACCCAACUUCAGUCCAGGAAAAUCAAAAGAGAAACUUUGCAGUCAAUUUGGAGCCUUAUCAUCAAGUUCGUUAACUUCAGACAAACAUGGCUACAGCAUGAAGACAACACAGAAAUCACCAGAAGCUGGAUCCUCUCCUCCAGUCAAACAGCUGCUUGAUGAACCAGAGACUGUUUCCACCAUAAAGUCUGGGUAUAAAGUACUUUUCCAUGUGGCCUGUCUGAGUGAUGAAGAAAUCUGGACAAGUGGAUGUAAGAAAACCAUAAAACUCUACAGCAGCAAUCAGAAAUCACUACUCAAGUUAAUCACAACCAAGUCUAGGUAUGCUCCUUGGGACAUUGCGGUGAAAAAAAGUGGAGAUCUAGUUUAUGCUGAUUAUCAUAUUGGAACUGUGAAUAUUGUAAAGAGUAAGCAGAUAGAAGAGGUGAUCAGACUACAGGACUGGAGACCUAAAGGAGUCUGUAAACCUCUCUUUUCCUUCAGUUUUAUGUUUCAUGGAUAUAUAACUGAGAACAAGAACCUGGAUAUCUGUGUGUCUGACUAUGGAACUAGAGCAGUAGUUGUGGUCAAUCAGGCCGAGAAACUGAGAUUCAGGUACACUGGACACACUCCUGCUCCAAAUAGCAAACCAUUCAGUCCACGAGGAAUCACCACAGACAGUCAGAGUCACAUCCUUACAGCUGAUUAUGACAAUUACUGUGUCCACAUCAUAGACCAGGAUGGACAGUUUCUCCGUUACAUAGACUUUGGACUGAGUGUACCAUGGGGACUGUGUACAGAUACAAAUGACAAUCUGUUUGUAGCUCUACAGAGAGACAAACAAGUAAAAAAAAUCAAAUACUUACAAAAUACAUAA